AAUAAAUAAGCACCUGCAUUGUUUCAGUGAAAACAAAACCACUACUAAUAAAAUGUCUCAGCCCAACUCCUCCGCCGCCGUGGACGGAGGCGCCGGCGGUGUACACAUCCUCGUCUACCCUUUCCCAGCGCCGGGUCACAUCAUCCCCCUUCUCGACCUCACUCACCUCUUCCUCACGCGCCACCUCACCGUCACCGUCUUAAUCCCCCCCACCCCUCUCCUCCACCCCCUCCUCUCCCGCCAUCCCUCCUCCGCCGUCAAACUCUUGCUUCUCUCUCCUCCUGAUCCCCCACAUCUCCGCCUCCCCACCGUAGUACGCUCCUCCGCCGAACUACACGAUCCUAUCCUCCAAUGGUUCAAAUCCCACCCUAACCCCCCUGUGGCGAUCGUAUCUGAUUUCUUUCUCGGCUGGACACAAGACCUCGCCGUCCAUCUCGGCGUGCCACGUGUCACUUUCUGGCCUUCCGCAGCUUUCACGGCCUCGGUUUCUAAUUCCCUGUGGCGCAACCUACCCAAGAGCGAUGAUCCGACCAAUGAGAAUUCUCUGAUUUCUUUCCCGGAAAUUCCGAAUACUCCGAAAUACCCCUGGUGGCAAAUAAUCCCCUAUUGCCGUAAUUUCAACGAAGGAGAUCCAGAACAUGAAUUUCUUAGAAAUUGUAUGUUGGCUAAUAACCUGAGUUGGGGCGUCGUGUUCAACUCGUUCACUGAGUUGGAACGGGUUUACAUCGAUCACGUGAAGAAAGAAAUGGGUCACGACCGGGUUUGGGCACUCGGACCCUUGCUGCCACCACCCGAUGAAGUGGGACCCACUGACCGCGGUGGGUCCAGUGCGGUGCCAGCUCACGAGGUAAUGACGUGGCUUGAUGGGAAGGCGGAUGACUCGGUUGUCUACGUGUGCUUUGGGAGUCGUCUCGGGUUGACAAGUCAGCAAACGGAAGUACUAGCGGCUGCGCUAAAGCAGAGUGGGGUCCAUUUCAUUUGGUGUGGCAAGGCAGUCAAUCAAGGACACGGGGCAGGUGAUAUUGGUUUGAUUCCGGAUGGCUUCGAAGAUCGUGUGGAAGGUAGAGGUUUGAUAAUCAGGGGGUGGGCCCCACAAGUGGCGAUACUGAGUCACCGAGCGGUGGGCGCAUUUGUGAGUCAUUGUGGGUGGAACUCGGUAUUGGAGGGGGUGGCUGCCGGCGUGUUGAUGCUCGCUUGGCCGUUGGCGGCUGACCAAUUCACCGAUGUCAAGUUGCUGGUGGAUCAACUUGGUGUGGCGGUUCGCGUUUGUGAAGGGGGGCCCAAAAAUGCUCCGGACUUGGACGAGUUGACUCGGUUGCUGGCCGAGUCAGUGAGCGGGACUCGGCCUGAGAGAAGCCGAGUUCAGAAGCUGUGUGACGCGGCGUGGAAUGCAGUGAAAGGAGGAAGCUCAACCAGAGAUUUAGAUGAGUUAGUUAAGCAGCUUCGAGAGCUUAAUAAAAGCUAGUAAUUUACACAAGAAUAGUUUUUGAUUUUUUUUUGUUUGUUUUUGGUGCAAUAGUUUUAAAAUUUUGAAUGGGUUGUUGUAAUGACAUUUAACAAGCAAAGAUCCAGCUUUAUGGAAAAUCUUGUAAGACUAUUCCUUUAGGUGCAUGAAAUACAGUAAUUUUAUAAUUUUAUUGACCA